GCGUCGCCCGAGUCGUCCGGCAGCGGCCGAGCACGUAUGUGACAUGGCGUCCGGGUAGAAAGAAAGUUAACUGCUAAAUAAGCGUUAAUGUUGUUUUUAUGACACUGACCGACCGAAAAGGGAACAUCCGAGGCCGCGAAUUUCCCACAGACACUGGCAUUGAUGGUAAUGCAUACGAGGAAACAAAGGAUCAGCGAUGGGUACUUCGAAAAGCAGCCUGCCCAUCCCUAUCAGAACGCAAAGUACAGCAGUUCUAAGGGUGGCUAUUCCUCCUCGACCACGUCAUCGGACAGUCGCUACGAGGGACGUAUGCGCGACUCUCCAAAUGGUAACUCUUACAGUCCAGCCGGCAGCUUGGGAAUGGGCAUGGGGACGGACCGGGACAGCCCUCGGAAUUACACAUCCAAGCCUCUUUACAAGAAGGAGAGAGAAAAUAGAGACUAUAAACUAUCCUCCUCUAGGGACAAGUAUUCCGAUUGUGCACGAUCCCUAAAAGACAAGAGAAGCCGCGAGAGCAGGGAUUCAGAACACAGGACCAACCACGAUAGGAGUAGUGGGGAGAUCUUACAUCCCUUAAAAUUAUCAUCAAAUUCAUCAAGAGAAUCUUCAUCCCAGAGAAAACCAUCACACAAUUCCUGUCAGGAUAAACGUGGUGAUGAGCGAGGAGGUGCAACGGAACGGACAGCCAGAUUUGGCGAUUGGUCAGAACAUAUGAGUUCGUCGGGAAAGAAGUAUUACUACAACUGCAAGACGGAGGUUUCUCAAUGGGAAAAACCACGGGAGUGGAUUAGUCGAACAGAUAAUCGUCAACGCCAAUCUAGUGACUAUUCCUCUAGGUCAAGUCAUGAUAAACAUUCCAACUCGCGAUCAAAUAGCAGUAGCAGUAUGCGAGAUGGUAAAUCGUCGCGACAGUCUGACAAAAGAGAAUACUGGAGUUUAUGUAGCGCGAGCGGCGGUGGCAGUAGCAGAGAUGAUGUUUCCGCGAGAGAGAGGGAGCGGGAAAAGGAACGGGAAAGAGAACGAGAACGGGAACGAGAACGUGAACGAGAGAGAGAACGAGAGAGAGAAUCUAGAGAAUGUAGAGAAGAAGUUAGUGUAGAACGUCAAACUCAAGAUAUGGAUAUCUCGCCAGGCGAUUCUACACCAACUUCGGAACCUCUGACAUCGUCUUGCGCUCACGAUCCACUGCCACAAGGCCCCGUUCUCCUGGCCGCUGCGUUACCUCGGUUAACAUCACAUCCAUCGUCAACGACACCGCAGGCAACUGGAAAACUUAGUUCGCCUACGCAACAACAGGGAAGCAGUAACGCUCCGGGACCACCGGUGUCACUGGCAAAUCUCCCAAGACUACUACUAUCACAAAUUACGGGCAACAAAGAACCAGACAUCACACCACAGAAGGCAUUACAGACGAUUCAAACAGCUAUCUUGCUAUCCCGACAACAGUCUGUUAGUGGGGAUCGAACCAAUACUGGCAGUGAUGUGAUGGUUCCAUUAAAAGUUGAUACAAGUGGCAAUAUUACCAGCGAGGGUCCACCGACUCCGACACAUUCGGAAACCCAGGAUUGUAUUGACGCUCGAAAAUUGACAAGUCCUGGGGGAACGAAUUCUGGAGUACAAGGUCUGAGCUCCUUGCAAAGUCUCAGUACAUUAGGUUCCCUUGGAAAUUUGAGUAAUACAGGAGGUUUACAAGCAUUAUCAAGAGUACAGCCUCCUUUAACACCUUCUUUAACACCAUCUCUCGCUAAUCAUUAUCGGGAAGACUUGACGCAGCAUGUGCGUGCUUUUCCCGCUGAUAUUCUCGAAAAACAGGCACAGAAACUUAGUGAGGAAGCACAUACAAUGGGCAGUUUGCAGUGUACGAGAGUGUCCGCAGAGUUGAAGACGGCACGAUCGAUAGUGAGGCUGACAGAAAUCCAGGCAACGUUACAGGAACAAAGGAUAUUAUUCCUCCGUCAACAAAUUCAAACACUGGAGGAGUUAAAAUCCCAAAAUUCCUUCAUGUCUGACGAUUCUUAGUGUAAGAAUCUUUAUAAAAUAAUUAUGAUUACAAUCUAUAAUUAAUUCAAGCAAAAUAAAACAUGAUUAUUAAUAUUCUCAUUAAUAUUGAAUAAUUAAGAUUGUACCUAAAUUAUAAUAUCGUAAUAGAAGUGAUAUAUAGCGAAUGAACAUGGGCUGCUCAGAGAGGAUCGGCUGUUCCAUUUAUCAGCCAACGAGUCUUAAUAACUAAUUAUUGAAUUUAUUAGUGAAUCCACCUCUCUGAGAAGCACAGCAGGCCUAUCCAAGUCGCAAACACAACAGUAAAUGAUGAUUAGAAAAACGAAUGAAUUUUAUCAGUUCAAUGCAAACUGAAUUGUAUAUCUGAAUUGUCCACAUCGUCUUGUAUUUACCUAUGUUAUUCGUGUCAAUGUUUCAUAUCCCAAGUUUAAGCGGCAUUUUAACUAGUUGAAACAUUUUUGUUGUAAAUCUCGGAAUAAAAUUCGUGCCACAAGU